AUGAGACUCAUAAACACACAUACUCUCCAACUUGAGUUUUAUCCUGGAGGAUCACGUCGAUAUGCCAUUCUAUCCCACGUCUGGGGUGAUGAUGAGGUCACUUUCAAAGAUGUUGCUUCAGGUACUCCUGAGGAAGCGCUUCAUCUUGAACGUUAUAAUACUUGCUGUAUCGAUAAAACUAGCAGUGCCGAGCUUUCGGAAGCUAUCAACUCGAUGUUUCGUUGGUAUGCUGAGUCGACUAUCUGUAUCGCCUUUCUUGAAGACAUCCCCACCUCAGAGUCUGAAGAGGAACGGAGAAAGACAUUUGUAACCAGUCGUUGGUUUACGAGAGGCUGGACACUUCAAGAGCUCAUCGCACCGGGAAAGGUCAUUUUUUACGGGCGAGGCUGGCAGCAAAUGGGUAGCAGAGCUGAGCUCAAAGAAGACAUAAAGAGUGUCACUGGGAUUAAUUAUGAACUUCUCGACGCAACACAUCACAUGGCUGAGAUCAGGAAACGUCAGCUUGGUGAGUAUUCUGUCGCUCAGAAGAUGUUCUGGGCUGCUGGGCGCGAAACAACGAGGCCAGAAGACAUAGCUUAUUGCCUGCUGGGUAUAUUCGAUAUUAACAUGCCUUUGCUCUAUGGGGAAGGCCAAGUCAAAGCUUUCAAGCGGUUACAAGAAGAGAUUCUCAAAUCUACCGAUGAUGAGUCAAUUUUUGCUUGGCGGCAGCCUCGAUAUCGGGUCGAAGGAAAAACGUAUUGGAGCCUUCUUGCAAACAGCCCUUCAGCUUUCGAUCUCGGCCAGACCUCAAAAGAUCUCAAUGGCAUGGUGCCUCAGAGAUCCAAAUACCUGUCUCUUAGGUCAGGAAGUUCCAUGUCUAUGACAAACCGUGGACUGGACUUAGAGCUCCCAUUAACGCCGUUCCCAAUCGAUACGUCGGGGACGAUUUUCUUGGCUUUCUUGAAUUGCGAGUUUCGAAGAGGCCAGACAUCCAUCAAUCCAGCUAUCCUCCUUCAGAGGGCAGCGUGGGACAGAAACUCACAUUUUGUGCGAAUUCGACCUGACAUAUUAGCGUUGUCCAUGAUGAAUAGCAUUAUUCUUCCCGAUGAACUCUUGAACAUGAUACGAAGUGGCCAAAAAGAUGUUUUGCAGGAGGCCAUUCCGCGACAAAUCUUCGUCCCACACAGCACCCCGGACCUGCGAUAUUUGAAGGGUGUGAUAUUUCGCCCAGAGAUGAAGGGCCUUGCAAAGGAGAGUAAGAUGGUUGUCAGAGUGCGCUCACGAUCACCAACAUGGCAAUAUUUUGUCGAUGCUCGAAGCGGUCCUUCCACCACGCCAGAAUCAUAUGAGAUUAACUUUGACCUAGCACCUGGUCCUUCACUUGGGUCAUUACAAGCAUCCAUCGUUCUGGGAGUGUUGGAGCUUGACCUAGGCAGCUCAGAUUCCAUGCAGUGCUUGGUCAUGGGAUUAGAACCCUUGCCCCCAAACCCGUUUCAAACGAUGCCUCUUUACUUCUUACCGUGGUACGCAUUUGAAGAACAGACUUGGAUUGCAAAGCAGGACUUUUCAAGAGUUUUGGACAAAACACAGCGAAGGCUGGAGUGGAGAGUUCCGGAUACCGUGACAGCGAAAAUUGGAAUUGAGAGCAGGCAUUCGAGUUUAUUCUAUAGUCUGACUUUGGAGAUUGAGAACAGCCGGAAAGUUAAUACCUGGUUUUGA